CUCACCAUGAGCUGGCUCUCCAGUUCCCAGGGAGUCGUGCUAACUGCCUACCACCCCAGCGGCAAGGACCAGGCCGUGGGGGGGAGCCAUGCAAAAGCUGGGGAGGAAGCCACCUCGAGGAAAAAAAGUGACAGGGAAGUUGGCAGCCGGGAGAAGGGAAUUACAUCUGUACGCCGAACCGAACCUAAACUCAUGCAGCAGCAAAAAUUUUGGCAGCUUGUUGUGGGCGGUCUGUCCUUGAGCGGGUUGAGAGAACAAGAGAGGAACAGGUCAUUCUCAACCUGUGCAGAAGCAGAACCAAGAGGUAGUAAGGUGGCAGGGUUGGCAACUGCCCACACAGUGAGUGCCGUCUGUGGGGCCACAGCUCCCGAGGGAGAAUUGGAAGAAGAGUGGCUUAAAGAGGCUGGUUUGUCCAAUCUCUUCGGAGAAUCUGCUGGUGAUCCCCAAGAAAGCAUGGUGUUUUUAUCAACAUUGACCCGGACCCAGGCAGCGGCUGUUCAGAAACGAGUAGAGACAGUCUCCCAGACCUUGAGGAAAAAAAACAAACAGUACCAGAUUCCUGACGUCAGAGACAUAUUUGCUCAACAGAGAGAGUCAAAAGACAAAGCAUCCAACCUCAUUGUUGGUGAAGAGAAGCUGAUGCUACCUGAGGAUGCACCUGCCUCUGAAACAGACAUCAACCUGGAGGUGUCAUUUGCUGAGCAAGCAGUCAGUCAGAAAGAGAACUCCAAGGAGAAGACCCAGAAGAGCACAGACAACGAUGCCCUGUCACCUAAUUUCAGAUUGCCAAAAGACAAAACAGGCACCACAAGGAUUGGUGACCUCGCACCCCAGGACAUGAAGAAAGUUUGCCAUUUAGCCCUAAUUGAGUUGACGGCCCUCUAUGAUGUGUUGGGUGUUGAACUGAAACAACAAAAAGCUGUGAAAAUCAAAAUGAAAGAUUCUGGUCUUUUUGGUGUUCCAUUGACAGUAUUGUUAGAACAAGAUCAGAGAAAAGUACCAGGAACUCGAAUACCCCUGAUCUUUCAAAAAUGUUCAGAUUUAUUUAAUCUGUCUGCAGAUCUUCCAACCAAGAAGCAACAACUACAGGCUUUGAACCUUCUUGUCAUCCUCCUACCUGAUGCAAACAGGGACACACUGAAGGCCCUGCUUGAAUUUCUCCAAAGAGUAAUAGAUAAUAAAGAGAAGAAUAAAAUGACUGUCAAGAACAUAGCAAUGGUCAUGGCCCCUAAUCUCUUUAUGUGUCAUGCAUUGGGUUUGAAGUCCAGUGAACAGCGAGAAUUUGUAAUGGCCGCUGGGACAGCAAACAUCAUGCACUUGUUGAUUAAGUAUCAAAAACUUCUGUGGACAAUUCCCAAGUUUAUUGUCAACCAAGUGAGGAAGCAAAACACUGAAAAUCAUAAAAAGGAUAAAAAAGCCAUGAAGAAACUGCUGAAGAAAAUGGCUUAUGACCGAGAAAAAUAUGAAAAGCAAGAUAAGAAUACAAAUGAUGCUGACGUUCCUCAGGGAGUGAUUCGAGUGCAAGCUCCCCAUCUUUCGAAAGUUUCCAUGGCAAUACAGCUAACUGAAGAACUAAAAGCCAGUGAUGUACUUGCCAGGUUUCUCAGCCAAGAAAGUGGGGUUGCCCAGACACUCAAGAAAGGGGAAGUUUUUUUGUAUGAAAUUGGAGGAAAUAUUGGGGAACGCUGCCUCGAUGACGACACUUACAUGAAGGACUUAUACCAGCUCAAUCCAAAUGCUGAAUGGGUUAUAAAGUCAAAGCCAUCGUAGGAGACUUAACGAGCUGCAGAUAACCACCGUGGGGACUUCUGUAAUGAUUCUUGCUGAGUCAAGAGUGUAAAUAAAAGAAAUGGCAGGACUCUCAUU